CAGAAUAUUAAAACAAUAACUAAAAAAAAUCUUCGGAGAAAAAAUUAUUGUACAUUAACAUGAAAAUCAUAGGUAACAAAAAACAGUUUGCAUUUAUUACUUGAUUUGACCGAGUCAUCUGCCUAACGAGCUCUGGUGCUUUUAUCGGAAGAUUCACAGUAAAUUCGCUUAUUCCCACUGGACACAUCACACAGAGUGGACAGAAGAUUCCCCAGAGUCACCAAUGGAUCUACAAAAGUACUUGCCCUGCACUGUGGAAGUUUUGGGUAAUUUGGCCAAGGAGAUCAGUAACUAUGAUUGCCUCUGCCUCCUGUCCACUUACGAUUGCCCAGAAGUUAGUGAUGAUUUGAAAAGUUGUGCGAAAUUCGAUGCGGCUUUUGAGAAGGAAAUCUCUUGCCUCUGGAGCAAGAGUCUCAACGUGAGGAUCAUCUAUUCUCCUGUGGGAAAGCUCUCGGAUCACGAUGAUGUCCGGAAGUAUGCCCAGGCUGCUGGCAAAGCCAUUGCAAGGGCCAAGAAGGCCGGUUCAGAUCGCCCUGUAAUUGCUCUGCCCAGAAACAGCCAAUUCCAACAUGCUCAGCUUAUCACUCUGCUUGGUGCACUCGAGGAGCUGUAUUUGCCAAUUCAGUACCGCGAAGAAGUGGCCAAAUUGGAUCAGAUCAGUUGCUUGGGUGUCUUCAAUCCUGCUGGAAAGUCAGCGACUCUCGAUCUGGCCAGGCAGAUUGAGAUCAGUCGCUAUGUGGCCAGGGAUGUGGGAGGCGGAGAUCCUGAACGGAUGGCUCCACCCCGAGUUGUUCAAUAUGUUCAGGAAUUUCUCAAGAAGACUUCCACGAAGAUUUCAUGCAACGUCAUUAGCGAUCCUGUGCUUCUGGUCAAGGAAUAUCCACUCUUCAGUGCAGUCAAUCGGGCUGCCAGUUCAGUCGAAAGGCACCGAGGUCAGAUGAUUAUCCUGGAAUACAUUCCACCUCAGAAGGCUCGUAAGACUUUGAUGUUGGUGGGCAAAGGAGUCACUUAUGAUACUGGUGGUGCUGAUAUCAAGGCCGGGGGAGUUAUGGCCGGAAUGUCAAGGGAUAAAUGCGGAGCUGCUGCUGUGGCAGGCUUCAUGGCUUUGGUGGCUCAGCGAGCUCCAGCUGAUGUUCAUGUUGUUGCUGCUAUGUGCAUGGUGAGGAAUUCCGUGGGGGAGGAAUGCUACGUCUCUGAUGAGGUCAUUACGUCCAGGGCUGGGGUGAGGGUGCGUGUUGGGAAUACUGAUGCUGAGGGCAGGAUGGCAAUGGCUGAUGCCUUGUGUCGAAUGAAAGAGUUGGCGGUGAAGGAAAAGUACGCUGAUCCUCAUCUCUAUACCAUUGCUACUCUUACUGGUCAUGCUUUCCUGACUGUGGGCGAGGGAUAUACCAUUGUCAUGGACAAUGGACCAGCUAAGGCUGCUGGCCAUGGGCUGCGUCUCAAGGAAACUGGUGAGGAAGUGGGUGAACCUUUUGAGAUCUCCACUCUCCGUCCAGAAGAUUUCCGUUUCCACACGGGGAAGGUUAAGGGUGAGGAUGUUCUUCAAGCUAACAAUCUUCCAUCAUCCAGGACUCCACGUGGGCAUCAGGGUCCUGCUGCUUUCAUGAUCCUGUCAACGGGAUUGGAUAAACAUGGUACCAAGUCCGACUUUCCUCUGAAGUACUCCCACUUGGACAUUGCUGGAAGUGCCGGAGAGUAUCCGGAGAUGCCAACUGGAGCUCCAGUUCUGGCUCUUGCUAAAUUGCAUUUGAACUUGUAAAGGUAAAACCCUAUUUUCUUCACACAAAAAAUUUUCUACUGGGAACAUCACCGAUCGGAGAUCGAUUAUUUUUCUACAAGAGAUCCUGUCGAUAUAUAUUUCUUUAUGUUUUUUUCUUUUUCAAUAAAUAAAUUUUCAAUUUGAAUAAA